AUGAAUGACAACGACGAGGAACUCACUACAUUUUGUGAUUCAGCGGCAGCGCUGGUGGAAGGAUGCCGUUUACCAGUUCGAAUGCAAGGUGGCGAGGACUGGCCACUGGCUGAGAUUAUAAGCAUAAAAGAAAUACGUGGUCAAAGGGGAUAUUAUGUACACUAUGUUGACUUUAACAAACGUUUGGACGAAUGGGUGGGAGAGUCAUGGCUGGAUACAAGAAAGGUCCAAUUUCCUCGCAGAGAUGGCAUUGCAGCGGGAGGCACCACCACUCCAAAGAAAACACAUAUUGGAUCAGGAGGUGGCGUUAUGCCUAAUUUUAUUAAUGAGACUGUCUGCAAUGAUAGUCAGAAGUCUAGUAUCAAUUCAAGUAGACACGCUAUUGUGCCCCAACCAACUCCAAUAAUACAGCCAACCCCACCAAAAAUACCUGAAAAGGCCCAUCUUAAUGCACUCAAUGGUUCUGCACCAAAAAAUGUACUUGGUAUUUUAGCCGGCGAACCCAGGCAGCUGGUGUCCCGGCCAGCGAGUCCUACUCUUGUUAACGACUCAUCAUCACUUGUCAAUGGCGGUGCAGUUCUUGCAGCUGCCUUACAGAAGAAAAUUAACAGAAAACGAAAAGCUCCAUCUAUUGACAAUGAGGAACCUAAACACAACUCAAAAACGUUUCAAACGGACCACAAUCCUGCAGUGGAGACAGAAGGGAGUGAGACUACUGUGAGUGGUACAGCCACACCCACCACAAGGCCUCGACAGUCUGGAAGUAUGGUGGCACAUGGCCAUGAUGAUCUUGUCACUAGGAUGAAAAAUAUCGAAAUGAUUGAACUCGGACGACAUAGAAUAAGGCCGUGGUAUUUUGCACCUUAUCCACAGGAGAUGGUGAACCUACCUUGUAUUUACAUCUGUGAAUUCUGUUUGAAAUAUCGAAAAAGUAAAAAGUGCCUUGAGAGACAUUUGAUUAAAUGUAAACUAAAACAUCCCCCCGGCAAUGAGAUCUACAGGAAAGGUAGCAUCUCCUUCUUCGAGAUCGAUGGGCGGAAGAACAAAUGCUACGCACAAAAUCUAUGCCUGCUGGCUAAACUGUUUCUGGACCACAAGACCUUGUAUUACGACACGGAUCCUUUCUUGUUUUAUGUUAUGACUGAGUUUGACGCCAGAGGAUUUCAUAUUGUGGGAUAUUUUUCGAAAGAGAAGGAAAGUACAGAAGACUACAAUGUGGCAUGCAUAUUGACCCUACCUCCGUACCAAAGAAAAGGCUAUGGAAAACUUCUCAUAGAGUUUAGUUACGAGUUAUCCAAAUUUGAAGGAAAGACUGGAUCGCCAGAGAAACCACUCUCUGACCUCGGUCUGCUAUCGUACCGGAGUUAUUGGGCUCAAACAAUAUUGGAUAUACUCACACACAUCAAACCCGUUGGCGAUAACGAAAAACCGAUCAUUACCAUUAAUGAAAUCUGCGAGCUAACCAGUAUAAAGAAAGAAGAUGUUAUAAGCACACUCCAGAAUCUUAACCUUAUAAAUUACUAUAAGGGCCAGUACAUCAUCUCCGUAAAUGAGCAACACGAAAAAGCCAUGGAGAAGAGGACACUACGCAUCGAUCCUAAAUGCUUGCAUUGGACGCCUAAAGAUUGGUCAAAACGUGCAAAAUGUGAAAUCUGCGAGCUAACCAGUAUAAAGAAAGAAGAUGUUAUAAGCACACUCCAGAAUCUUAACCUUAUAAAUUACUAUAAGGGCCAGUACAUCAUCUCCGUAAAUGAGCAACACGAAAAAGCCAUGGAGAAGAGGACACUACGCAUCGAUCCUAAAUGCUUGCAUUGGACGCCUAAAGAUUGGUCAAAACGUGCAAAAUGCGUUUGA